AUGCUGUUGAAACGCUCGAGAGGCUGUCCGUCUCAAGACCCAACACAUCCCGACUAUGUGCCCUCGAUUUUCGCCUUCAAGGCUCAGACAGAUGUGUCGAGGAAGAUAGCUCGUCACGGUCGACUCCAGGAGCGAGUGAAACGACAAAAUGAGCAAGCCCAGUCAAGAGACGACGCUGCUACUGCCAAGGGAUUGGAACUUAGCCAUGAGGAACUUCCCUGCACCGAAGAUGCAGCAACAGCUGAUGCAGGUGCCAACACCGAAAUGACAGGAGGCCAAGUUGAGGUUCUGCUGCAAGAAAAUGAGAGCCUCAAGAAGCAAGUGUGCGACCUUAAAAAUGAGCUCGCGAAGACAACUGAAACAUUGAGGGGCUUCAAAGCAUCCAAUGAGAACCUCAAAAGAAGCCUUGAGAGCAACACCCCCACGAAAGAUGCUCUUAAAGAUGACCUUCGUGUAAAGUUCUACACUGGUCUCAUGUCGCGGAAUAUGUUCCAUGCUCUUCUAAGCUUUAUCUUAUCGUUUUGGAAACCCGACACACAGACCUUCCUCGAGCCAGAGGAGCAACUUGUGAUGGUUUUAAUGAGGUGGUUCGACGUGCUCGCGUGCAAUUUGGGGAACCUCUUGAUUUGGCCAUCACGAAGAGCUAUCCGCUGCAACCUUCCAGAGGUCUUCAGUGACCCCAUUUUUAAGGACGUCAGGUGCACAGUGGACUGUUCAGAAAGCUUUAUUCACAAGCCAUCUUUCAUGUCUGCCAGGAGCCAGACAUUCUCCCAGUACAAGCACCAUAACACUGUUAAGUUCUUAGUAGCUGUCUCUCCAGCAGGUUCCAUAACGUUCAUCUCAAAGGCUUGGGGUGGGCGUGUAUCCGACAAGGAACUCACUUCAAAAUGCGGACUUCUGGACAAGAUUGAGGAGGGCGACGUCAUCUUGGCUGACAGAGGCUUCAAGUGUGAGGAACUCUUCGCAGCCUAG